UGCAGGAAAAUGUACCUAACACUCAAUGACUUAAAGGGGGAGGCACAAAGAAAUAGGGAGCUUUAGUCUGAGAUGGUGUUUUGACUAAUUUCAAAGAGCAACUAUAACUGAAGAUGGAUUCAAAAGUACCCCCUUGUUUCUAGGGUAUUUUGCUUGUUUCUUUUCUGAAGGCGAAACAGAAAUCGACAUCGAUGAGGAAGUUUUUUUUUGUCAGCUGCUCGCUUGUAAGCUAACGCGACGAGUUUGUCUCGUUUCAACUUAUUUAACUACUUGGUUUUGAUUUUUUUUUACUGGUAUCACCGGAGUGAUGUUCAUCCAAAUGUCACUAUAUAAGAUUUUUUUUUUCAAAAUGCAUUACUGAUGUCAAGGUCACAAUGAUGGACUAGAACUGAAAGGCAAUGCCAUCUCAAAGAAUGUCUAGUUUUUAAGUUUACCAACUGAAGACCUGGUUCGUGAUAGAUCUGGCACAGGCCUGAGGGUAUGUUGAGACAUCUUGCCAGGCCAGAGCAGAGGCGUUUAGGUGGUUCGGACGGGGACUGAAGGUGAGGAGGACAGACGGACGAGGGACCAGGGAGGAAGACAUGGGCCAGUGUGUCAAUAAGUGUAGGAAUCCGACGUCCUCACUCGGCAGUAAGAGUGGAGACAAGGAGAGCAGUUCCAAGUCCCACAAGAAAAGUGGUGGUAGUGGUAGCCACAAAGAAGACGUCAGUGCUUCAAUUAACAAAGCCACCACUGAAUUUUCAAAUGGCACCAAGGCCAUGCAAGAGGUUACAGUGGAGACACCCAGCAUUCCUUCACUGAUUGGGGAGUUGCCCAAGGAUGGAGAUGGGCUCUCAAUGCCGCGUAUUGACGAGCUGUUCUGCUGCUACAAGGAUGAACAGGAGGAUGCCAUCUUGGAGGAAGGCAUGGAGCGGUUUUGUAAUGAUUUGUGUGUGGACCCAGCAGAGUUUCGUGUGCUUGUUCUUGCCUGGAAGUUUCAAGCAGCCACCAUGUGCAAGUUUACAAGGAAAGAGUUUAUUGAGGGCUGCAAGGCCAUCCAGGCGGACAGUAUCGAGGGCAUCUGUUCAAGCUUUCCUUGCAUGCUGUUGGACGCCCAAGGUGAGGAGGACUUCAAGGACCUUUACCGCUUCACCUUCCAGUUUGGCCUAGACGCAGAUGAGGGCCAACGUUCUUUGCAGCGCGACAUCGCUAUAGCCCUAUGGCGACUGGUUUUCACACAGGACAAACCUGAGAUUUUGGAGCGCUGGCUAGAAUUCCUUGGUGAGAACCCCUCAGGUAUUCGGGGCAUCUCACGGGACACUUGGAACAUGUUCCUCAACUUCACACAGGCCAUUGGGUCUGACCUCAGCAACUACAGUGAGGAUGAGGCCUGGCCCAGCCUCUUUGACACCUUUGUAGAGUGGGAGUUGGAACGCAGAAGAAAAGAGGAAGAAAGGGCACUGAUGGCAAAAGAAGAAGAAGAAAGGUGUACUGAGACAGAGUGUUCUCCCACUACAGAUAGACUUGAAACAGAGGGAAGCCGUGGCUCACAGACGUGGGGGGGUCACUAACCAGAAAACAUGAAAUAUUGGUUCGGGAGGGAAGGAUAUAACCUAUAAGUGAACUGUACAUCUGUGAAUCAUUGGAAAAAUAAUAGUAUUACAAUUUCAGAUGUUCAUUUAGCGUUCCUUUUAUGUUGCAAUGGGAUUUCUGCUUUGCUUUUUUUUGUUUUUGAAAGGGCUCUAAGAACUGUUGUUUUAAGCACUUCUAUUUAAGUUAUUGUUUUAAAUUUUUUUCCUCCCAUGUGUUUUUAGUAAUUGGACACGUGAUCCAUUUUAAUGUACAGCGCACCUAACAUAACCCAGCAGAAUUUGUCAGUAAAAGCUUGGUGUUAAGAAUAGACGACUGAAUGCUAUAAAUUUCUCCCACUAUUUCACAGUUGUUUUUUUUUUUCUCCCCCGUUUUGUUUUGCUGCUUUUUAAAAAAUGUUUUUAUCUGGCAACACAACUGAUGUAUAAACAAUUGGUAUUUGAUUAAAGAAGGGAAAUGUUGGCAGCCUCCCCAUAAAAUAAUAUCUUACUACCAAACACAAGAUUCUCCGAGAGGAAAUUAUGAAAUUAUCUGGAGGAGACUAAUAUAUAGAGGAAUAAUAUGGGUUGUAUUUUGCAGUGCUGUGAGGAUGAAUUGGUUACACUUGUAUUACCUUUUGUAGACAAAUAUUGGGCUAUAUUUAAAGGGCAAGGAGAAAUUACUAAAAAGUUUAGCGCAUAUGGCAUUUUAUUAAAAAAUAAAAGAAUACAAAUUACAAUUAUAUUUGCCUACUUAAAUGUUUGAAUACUCAUUUUAAACCCAAGUUGGUAUCCAGCCUCCCCCAGCCCCCUUUAUGUAGUGUUUUGAGUGCUACUUGUGCAGUGCAACUGCUGUGCUCCUUUUUCACCUCAAGCAUCUACUGUAUUGAAGCCCAACCACUUUUAAGAGGAAGUUAGGUGAAUCCAACAGAGUGGUGUUAGCUUUUCUCUAUUGGCUAAUUGAUCCCACUAAAGAAUUCUGUAUUGCAACAAAAGAAAAGAAUAUAUAUAGCUAUGUCUGGGUAAUUUAGGCACAGUGUGACUGCAACACAUUCAAUGCUAUUAGACCAGGCCUCCUACAAAACUCAUGAUAAAUCUUUACAUUUUAAAAUGAUUUUUUUUAAAUGACUGCUUCUGGUAAUGGUUGUAAUUUAAUUGCACAGAAAACAAUGGCCUCCUAAGGUGUACUUGAAAGGCUUUGCGCAAAGAUUGAUGUAAACCACAUUUUUACAGUUUUGAAACAUGUUCCCAAAAUAUAGAUUGAUCUUCAGGCUUGUGUGCUUUCGGAUAAGUGUUAAUUAAACCUGCUGUUUAAUCAAGAGACUGUGAUAAGAAUUCAGUAUGAGUGGCCAUUUCCUGAUUGGUUUGGUUUACAUCUAAAAUGGUUUUAUUUCACAACCUUUUAUUCUUUUUUUUUUUUUUAUAUGAAAUGUACUGAUUUAUAAUAAAUAAAGCAGUGUUGAAUU